UCUUUCACUGUUACUAUGGACACCUGACUGCUGGUUUAAGACACUUGAAAAACUGUGAAUUUAUCCUUUAAGACGGCAGAGAUUACAACUAUAAAGUUGAGGAAAAAAAGACUUUAGAAGAUGGUGUUGAGGAAUUUUAAUGAUAUGCACAAAACCGAGUUAUUGUGACCUACAGUCAUUCUGAGUCAAUCAGAGUUUUUAUACGCUAAAAAAACCUGUUGUUCAACUGUUAAAGACACAAAGAUUUCAGCUUCUUAAACUGCUGCAGUGAAACCUGUUUUUCCUUAAAUAUGGAAAACAAACUCCAGGAACACAUUUUUAUUUCUUCAUAAAGACAGAUAAAACUUGGAGCAGCAGUCAGAGAAGUAAACUGUUAUAAGACAGAGACAGACUGAGCAGCUCGUCAUGAUGAUGAUGAUGAUGUCAGACUGUUCGCAGCCAGCUGAUUGGUCGUCCGCUGUUGCAACAACCAGAUCAGAAACAUCAAGACUCUUCACAAAGGUUAACUCCGCCCCCUCACACACCUUCCUCCAAUCACCAAGGACGUCACAUGAGGCCAGUUAUGAGGUCAUUAAUCCCUCUCUCUGGUUGGACGACUCCGGCUGUCAGUCACUGAGCUCUGCAUAUAUCCCGCCUCCUCUCUCCUUGUAUGGUGAUCCUGCUUUGACCCCGCCCCCCACUUGUCUCCUCCCCUCUUCCACGCCGGGAUGGACCAGUUACUAUGGCAACCCUUACACUUCAUCCUCCUCCUCUUCUGGUGAUUGGGCAUCACCUGUCAGUGUGCCGUGGGGGCGGGGCAACAUACCAGAGCAGCGUGAGUGUGUGAGCUGUGGGACGAGCAGCGCCCCCCUGUGGAUGAGAAACACCACUGGAUAUCACCUGUGUAACACCUGCAGCUUCCAACAGAAAACCAACAGACACAACAGACCACUGCUGAGGCCGAAGAAGAGACCUACUGUGACUCAGAGAAAAGGAACUCAGUGUGUGAACUGUCUGACAGCAACAACAACUCUGUGGAGGAGAAACUCUGCAGGAGAACCAGUGUGCAACGCCUGCGGACUCUACUACAAACUACACCAGGUCAACAGACCGCUGACGAUGAAGAAAGACGGAAUCCAAACCAGAAACCGUAAAAUGACCAAUAAGAACAAGAGGAGCAGAAAAGCUGACCAAUCAGAGACUGAGCUGUCCAGCCUGGUCAGGCCCCCGUUUCCUGCUGGAACUAUUUCUUGUUGCCCACUGAUCGUGUCUGACUGUAUGUGCUGUGCAGGAGACGCUGCACAGAGGCACUGGGCGGAUGGAUACACUGAUGUUUGACAGGAAAUAUUUCCAGCAUGUAACUUUAUCUUUUGAGCUUAUUUUUACUGUCUGUGGUUUUAUCUCUGCAGAUUUGGAAUAUUUUUUUUUACAUUUCUUUGAUAAUAAAAUUGCUGGAUCAUUCCACCUGCUAUGCCACCUUUAAUUACUCUCCUGUCAUGUUGUAUAAGUGUGCAGUUCUUCUUUUCUUCCAUGAGAUUUUUUCUGUGUUGCGUUUUAUUCAUCUCCCUGUAACUGAAAACAUAUCACAUUUGGGUUUUUUUUGUUUUGUUAAUAAUGGUCUUUGUGUGCAAGUAUUGAUUUGUAUAUCUGUCAGAUAAA